AUGGUGACCUUAUCUACGUUGGGGUUACGUCGAUCAGAAUGGAGGGGGACUCCUGGCCAUUCUACCAGCAGGGUAAUUUCUUAUGUCAAGGCUCGACGUAUAGUAGAGAAGGGAUGUCUAGCUUAUUUGGCUUAUAUUUAUGAUUCAAGUGCGGAGGUUACUUUUAUAGAUUCAGUACUAGUUGUGCAUGAGUUUCCAGAGCACGGUGAUCCGUUCCAUGUGUUAGAUAUCAGCUCAGUCCAAUCGGACAAGGAUUUGACUUAUGAGGAGGACCCAGUGGCCAUUCUAGCCCGACAGGUCUGGAAGUUGAGUUCUAAGAGUUAUCCUUCAGUUCGAGUGCAGUGGAGAGGUCAUCCGAUAGAGGCAGCCACAUGGGAGUCCAUGUCGGACAUGUGGGGUAGAUAUCCACACAUUUUCACCAGUCCAG